ACAGCCUGUUUUUUAGCAGCUUUACGGCCUGUUAAAGGUUUAUGUUCAGCCUUUAAAACCCUGAAUGUCUCUGUCUGCUCACAGUCUCCUGGCUCUUCAGCAGCUGCAGUACCGUGGGCGUCCUCUGGGGGCAGACUGCACUGACAGCAGCUCUGUGUGAGAGUCAGGUGUUGAAACAUUCCUGUUCUCACACACACACACACACACACACACACACACACACACACACACACACACACACAGGGUGAGGGUUUAGGUGAUUGACAGGUGAUACUAUGAGGAUUAUAGAAUCCAAACAUGUUUGAUCUGACACGCCUCCUUGCUCCCUCCCUCGCCUCCUCGCCGCUCCGCGCUCUCUCCUGAUGACACCUGUCGAGCUCCUGUCAUCGUCCUCCUCUUCCUCUCGCUCUGAUUCCUCCUCUUUCUGUCCGGUUGUGUAACUCUGCUCUGAAUCUUAAAUAUUUUCCUCUUCCCUGCAUCAGCUGCUGUUUGGCAGGGCCGCGCCCGCUUCCUGUCGCAUGUGACGCCACGUGUUGGGCUGCAGCAUCCUCGCAGUCCAGGUCCACCGAUCGGGUUUUCCCUCCCUCUCUCCCUCAUCGUCUUCCUCGCCAUCAACCCCGCCAACACGGAGAAAACAUGUCAGGGUUCUGGCUCCCGGCGUGCACGUGUGAGGUGGGUGGAUGUGUUGUGAUGUGGGCGGGGCCUGUGUGAUGUUGUGAUGUUUCCCAUCAUGCUCGGGCGCAGGAGCAGUGGGGGCCACCGAGGACGCUCUGAUUUCACAAGCUCUGGGUGAGCACGUGGAGCGAACCUCAGAGGACCCCCCCCUCAAAACACACACACACACACACACUCUCCGACUGUGUGUGUGUGUGUUAAUGGACACACUCGUUAGCGUCUCUGGUUGUGUGUUUGUGUUGUAACAUCAGUGUGUGAUUUACAUUCCUGCAAUUCCUGUCGGCUGUAUUUUCUGCCUCCAGCUGCUCGUUUCGAUCACUCUGAACCAUUAAAAUCCAUUCAGGAUCACUCACACACACACACACACACACACACACACACACACAUGCUCAUGAUUACACACUGAGGGCUGCAGGGGGAAGAGGUCUAUAAAUGUUCACACAGCGCGACUCGAUGCAUUAAAGUCUGUGUUACUGACGGGGUCUCCCAGACUCAGCCGCAGGGGCCCAGGUAAUCAUGGGGGCCCUCAUCUGGAGUCUGUUCCCAUUUGAAGUGAUAAAACUGACAAAACGAUGACAAAGACACACAACACCUUUAGACAGAGACACACUGAACACAGAAACGCAUAUAAAUGGAACACAAAACACAAAAAAAGACAUACAAAAUGUGCAAGAUGUCUGAAGAUGUUGUGUGUCUUUGUCAUCGUUUUGUCAGGUUAUUGUGUAGUUGUUGCUGGCUUUGCAAUGACAUUGUUGUUUAUUUUGUGUGUCUGUGUUGUUGUUUUUUGUGUAUUUUUGAGCUGGUGUGAGGUUUUAGUUAUGUUUCUUGUGUUUCUCUUUGCGACAUUUGUGUGUCUCUCUGUCAAUGUUUUGUGUCUUUUGUGUAUUUUCUCAGUUGUUUUGUAUUUUUUAAACUUGUAUGUAAUAGUUUGCGUCUCUAUGCUGAUGUUUGUGUGUCUUUGUUGUGCAUCUUUGUUUCUUUGUGUUCUUGUUGAUUUUGUCUCGAUACUUUUUUGCACGGCAUGGUUGUUGUUUUGGGGUUAGUUUUUGCAGUUGUGUAGCAAAACAACAACCAUGCCUGUGCAAAAGCAGCAACAACUACACAAUAACCUGACAAAAUGUUGACAAAGACAUACAACACCUUCACAGGCACACACUAAACACAGAUAAUGUGACAUGAAACACAAAAAAGACACACAACAUGAGCAAAAAAGUAUAGAGACGUAAACAAGAACACAAAGAUGUACAACAAAGUCACACAAACAUCAGCAAAGAGACACAAACUACGACAUACAGGCUUAAAAAAUAUAAAACAACCGAGAAAAUACACAAAAGACACAAAACAAUGACAGAGAGACACAUAAAUGUCAGUAAAGAACCAGAAAAGGAAAAAAACCAAAACCAAAGCUACACACCGACUCAAAAAUGCACACAAAAAAACAAACAAAACAGACACGCAAAAUAACAACGAACAACCAAAAAUGGCAAAAUUAACUAGAAAUGCACAAAAAAGACACAGAGACACACAAACUAUACAAAAAACAAUCAUGAGAAGUGAGAUACAAAGACACACAAAACAACCACAAAGACACAACAAAGAGGAAGACACACACAGACCAACCAGAGAGAGACAACACUGAUACUACUUCACAAUAACUACAAAAGUGACCACAAAACAACAACCAUGCCAGUGCAAAAGCAGCAACAACUACACAAUAACACCUCCAGCUGCACAUGGAACUACACAAACUAUCGACUACAACUCCACAAAAACUCUGAUGAUUAUCGAUCAGACGCUGAUUGGACUGUUUUUAUGAUUAUUAGUUUUCUGCUGCGUUGAUCAGAGUCGGAGCCAAACUGCUGCAAAACAACACAUGAAGAAGAAGAGGAGGAGGAGGAGGAGGGGGCAUGAUGAAGAAAACAGAGUUUAAAAAAAAAAAUCAUGUUUGAGGUCCAGAGAGAAGAAAAGGAGAGGGGGGGAGUGUACAGUACGUGAGGAGGGUGAUGAUGUCAGCCAGGCCACGCCCCCCUCCAGAGGCUAUACAUGCCGGUGUGUUGAAGGUCGAGCUCUCCACAGUGAGGACGUCCGACAGCUGAACAAGUCCUAAGACCGAGUGACCGAGCGAGUCAGCAGGGAGAGGCUUAGUGAAGUUGUCAGCUUCUGGUCGCUCCUCAUCAUCAUCAUCUCUAUCAUCACCUCCAACACUCUUCAUCAUCAUCAUCUUCUUCUUCCUAAUCUCCAUCCUCAUCCUCAUCCUCCUCGACUCCUGAGCUCUGAGGUCAUGGCAGGCAUCGCUCUCCUCCAGGUCCUGGUCUUGCUGCUGGGAUGGACCGUCCUGCUCAGCGGCACGCCGGCACAGAGGAUCAGAGGUGAGUGGAGCUGAUGAGUGUGACCUGAUGGAGGGAAUCAAACACGUGCAGCGGACAGGAGUGUGAGGGUUCAGGAGAGGAUGCAUGAUGAGAGGAGAAGAGAGAAGAGGAAUGAGUCUUUAACAGCAGACAGGAGGAGAAGGUUCAGACGACAUUCAACUAGAUUUAAAGAGAGAGAGAAGUGUGUGAAAUCAGGGACAAAAAAUAAACAUGAAAAGGUGCAAAAAAUGCAGAAAAAAAAGAAAAAAAGAGUGUAAGAAAUGCAGAAAAAAGAGAAAAAAAGAGUGUAAGAAAUGCAGAAAAAAGAGAAAAAAAGAGUGUACGAAAUGCAAAAGGUAUGCAAAGAAUUCAAAGAUGUGCAGAGGUUGUGCAUGAAUUAGAAAGCAUUGUCAAAAUCUGCAGAAAACAUGCAAAAUAUGUUCAUAUAUGUUUUAAAAAUGUGCAGAAGAUAACUGCAUGCGAAAACAUGCAUAUCUGCAAAAGCUGUAAGAACUGUGGAAAAGAAUUGUCAAAUAUGCAGAUUACCCACAAAGAUGCUCAUUGAUGUGAAAAAAUGUACCAAAAGAAGGGCAAAAUUUGCAAAUCCUGUACAAAAACAUGUCAUUAAAUGUGCAAAGGAUGUGCAAAAAUGUGCAAAAACUUUCAAAGUGUGCAAGAAUUGCUUUACUUGUGCAAAAAAACCUUGUGAAGAAGGGUAAACAAGGACAAAAUCUGCAAAAACAGUUUGAUUUUCAAAGCAAAAGACGUGCACUUAUCUCCACAGUGUGCAUUUAAUGUGCAAAAACUCUAAAAGUGUGCAAGAGUUGCUUUACUUGUGCAAAAAAAAACCCGGCAAAAAUACUGUGAUUUUUCAUGCAAAAGAUGUGCACUCAUCUCCACAAUUUGCCAAACUGUCCAAACAUUUCGCAAAAUCUGCAAAAAUGUGUAAAAGAUGUGCAAGAAGUGCAUGACCUAAAGUGUCAGAGGUGUUUGAAAUGAAAGUGGAACAAACAGAAGAAAGUUUCAAAGAACUGAAGUCAAACGGCACAAAUCAUCGAAACUGUGACGAGAGCAGUAAAUGUACAGAUUGAGUUUUUUGUAGCUCCUGUUUGUAUAAAACUGAAAAAAUACUCUGAGAGUUUGUUGCAUCCAGCAGCAAAGAGAGUUUAAAGAGGCAAUCUGGAAUAAAUGUGCAGAUUUUGAGUCAGGGUAGAAAGGAUGUGAAAAAAACAAAAAAAUAAAAAGGAACUCUGCUGAAAAAGCUCCAAAAAAUGUGCCGAUUUUCACGCACUCAGGAGUAACUUUGUCUGAGCAUCGACGUGUGGAGGAAACUUGUUCAUUUCUGCAGCAGAGGAGCAGAAACAUUUCAGUGAUGGAGCUGCAGAAAAACAAUCAGAGUGCUCUGCGCCUGAUGGUCGCUGAGUGAUGUGAUGUUUGAGGAGGUGCAGACAGGUGUGCUGAUGCCCCGCAGGGAGGGGGCGGGGCUAAUUCAUGAUAAAACCUGCGAUUUUUCCGUCUCAUUGAGUUUUCAAAGUUAUGUAAGACGAUAAAAUCCUUCAAAGACAACGCGGGGGUCUGGUUACCUCAGAGGGCGAGGGACAGCCAAGAACAACAGAGGAAAAUAAAAAGAGAGAGAGAAAAGAGGGAGAGAAAGAGGAGUGUUUGGUUUCUACGUUUCCCAUCCUUUUUCUCCUCUUUUCUUAUUUUAGUGUUAAACUUUAUUAGUCGCUGUAAAAGAAUAACGAGCUCACAAAGACAGAUUUGGACACACUUUCGUGCUAAACGCUAAUUUGCUGGUUUUUUGUUGGUUUGCUCCCCACUCUGUCUGUCUUUAAUUGCUUUGUUAAUAAAGUUUUAGAGAGAAGGGCGAGCCCAAACACGAAGAUGUUUCAGCGUGACGAGAGAGUCUGUUAAAUUUGUCCACCAGGGGGCAGCAGAUUCACAACAACCCCCUCCUGUUAACCUCUUCUUCUUCUUUUCUUCUUCUUUCUACCUCCUCAGUGCGGCGCCAGAACAUGAAGGUUCGGAUAAACGCCACGGGUGACACCAUCGUCAUGAAGUUUGUGCGCCCGAGUCCCGACGUGAAGCUGGAGGGUUACGUUCUGGGUUACGGCAGCAGCAUGUUCUCCAAACAGUUCAUCCCGCUGCCAGAGAAUGGAGAACCCUACGAGACCGAGCUAGGUAAGACGGGCAGGGGGCGGAGCCAUGGGGGCCCGGAGGGGACAUUUUAAUAAGUCUACCAUCACAUGUUUUACAGAAGUUAACUUUUCAUACCACAUUUUUUUUUGUCAUUUUCCGAACUAUUUACAAAUUUGGGACUUUUUACCUCCUUAAACCAACAUUAGACGUAGAGACGUCCAAAUCUAAGACGCUGAAUCUAAAAUCGUUAAAAAAGUGACUGGAAUUUGGUGGAGAGGUCCCCCCUCUCAGUCUCAUUUAUGUCUCAGCUAAAACAUUUGUCAGUCAGAGUCGAGCGCUGCUGUCUGACAAUCUCUUAAGUGAACAUAAAUCAGAAGCAGCAGCAGCUGUGAGGGAACGUUUUCAUCGUGCAGAAGAGAACAUGCAGAACUUUGAGCUCUUUUGGGGUCUGAAUCUGAGCUCUGCGUGUCUAACCCGUCCAACUCGUGGGAAACAGAGGGGCUUUUUGCAGGAUCUCUUUGGGGAAAAGCAGAACGUGAGAAGCUGAGAGCGGCUGAGUCCUCUGGCAGCAGGUGGUUCUGAUCCUUUUUCUGAAGCUUUGCCAAUAAUUUUUAUCCCAGCGGCUCAAAAUCUCAAAAGUUAAGAUGCUGAGAUGUGUUUAAGAGGGCAAAUCAUGGAGGGUUUAACAGAAAACCUGCUGACAGUCCUUCAUCACCUUCCAUGCCCUCUACUCUGAUUCUCUCUGACAGGUUUUUCACUGAAUCACUGAAGCUCAUUUGUUUUUUCUUUGGAUUGAGUAAUUCUGAUUCAAACUGACUGUGAUUUCUUCUCUAAGUGCUCCAAGAUCACGUUUGUUUUUACUUCUAAAACCACCAGAUUUUGGCUGGAGUUUGGUUCACAGAUGAGCUUAUUUUGUCCUUUGUUUGAUGAACUUUGGCCUGUUUCUCUCAAUAGGUCCAGAUGUUAAACAUGUUUGGUGCAGGUUUGAUGGAGGUCCAGGUUGUGGUGCAGGUUUAGCAAAGGUUUUUUAAGGUUUGGAGCAGGUCCAGUGCGAGUUUGGUUCAUGUUUUUUUGAGACAAGUUGUAAGUUGUGGGUUUGGUGCAUUUUUAGUGCUGGUUUGGUGGAGGUUCUGCUCAUUUUUGCAGGUUUUGAUGGAGAAUUUUUCCAACUUUACUCCACUGAGAACCGAGUCCAGGUUUGGUUGUGAACUGAACUGUGUCAGGCAGUGAGGAAAAACGAUCUGAACAGUUUGUUUCUGUUUCUGUAAUAAUUUCCUCCAACUUUGAUCCACUGAGAAUUUGGGUUUUGGUUUGGUUGUGGAGUGUCUUCUGGUUGUAAACUGUUUUAGGCAGUGAGGAGAAAUGAUUGUUACAACUUGUUUAGUUCAGAUUUCCAGUUUGGCGGAGGUUUGGUGGAGGAUAUUUGUAAAUUCUCUUGAGCUCAGUUUUUCUUCGCCUCUCUAAAAUCAUCUGAAUCUUGGCUGAGGUUUGGUGGUUAGAGGUUGCUGUUGAUCCUCAGCUUAUUUCUGAGGAGGUUAAGUCUUUAUUGUUUAUCAGUCCAACACUUAAAACUAUCACCAGAAAACCAAACGUUUCUACUUUUCCUGCCCUGAGGUCACCUGUCAAUCACGGUGAGUGGGCGGGGCUGUGGUGUCAGGGGCUGCUCUUAAACACUUCUUGUGGUGUUUACCUUCCUGCCCAGAGGAACCAUCCAUCAGCAGCCCCGGGGAUCGACCGCACUGUGGACUCUGUAAAUCCCUCUCCUGGUUUUGGUUUCUGGUUUCUGAGCCACAUGAGAUGCAAACAUGAAGACGUGAUAAUCUACCAUUUCCUCUGCAGGGGAACAGCCGUGUUUUUGUGGGUUUUUGUUCCCAAGAUCAUGUAAAAAAAAUCUGAAAAUGUUCUUGACAAGACUCUACUUUCCCUCUUUAAGUCACUUCACCUAAAAGCUGAGCAACAAACUCAGUUCUGAUGAAAUCUGACAGGAAAAUCUUCUGAAGAGGCUGAGGUUUAUUCAAGAGCUCGGGGGAAUUUCUCAGGAAAGUGGGCGUGUGUUCGCCAGAAGUCAAAGAAAACCGCAGUCUGGCGUGUUUGACCUCCUGUACCUGUGUGACAAAUGGAGCUGAUGAAUGUCCCAGAAAGACAGAGGAAGAAAAAACAAACAGAGUGGAGAGUGUGGGCUGAAAGACAAACAGAAGCUCUGCUUUCUUGCACAGGUGAUCGCAGGUGAAUGAUGAGGUCAGCAGGGGAACAGGGGGCGGAGCUUGUUUCAGACCUGUUGGUGCUUUGAAAGAGAAGACAAAUGAUACAUGGGAAAGAGCGGUAAAGCUUUUCUUUACCUCAAAAAGACUGAAUUCAACAACGGGAUAAGAAGAGGAAAUGGAGCAGGAUUUUCAAAAUAAAACAUGUUUCAAGCUUAAGAUAGUUUUUUUUUUGACUGAUUUACUGACUGAAGGUCAAAAAGGUCAUACUGAGAGUGGUGUAAGCCCAGGCAGCCCACAACACAUCAGCCAUAAUGACGGUACAUGAGUCAGAGGGAAGGAGUCCUCUAGCUCCAUUUUACCUGGAGCGUCUUUGCUGGUGCUCUUCCUGCCUUCACCUUUCAUGUUUUCGCAGAAAUGUGCUCUGCCUGCCUCAGGUUUCGCACUCCGCACAUGUACCUGGAGGGGCAGGGAAUUCUUAUAUUGACUCCUGGUCCUUUUGUUUGUCAGUGUCUUUGCUAAUGCUCUCCCUGCCUUAGCCUUUCAUGUUUGCAGAAGUGUGCUCUGCCUGUCUUAGGUUUUGCGCUCUGCACAUGUACAUGGAGGGGUAGGAAAUUCUUAUACUGACUCAUCCUUUUGUGUGUCAGUGUCUUUGCUGAUGCUCUCCCUGCCUUGGCCGAUCUUCCUGCCACAGGAUCUGGUAUUCCACAUAUGCACAUGAAGAGGAAGGGAGCUCUUUUUUUUUACCGGUGUGUCUUUGCUGAUGCUCUUCCUACCUUAGGAUUAAAUCACUUUAAUAACUUUGUUUUAUGACUCAUGUUGUUGUUGUUUUAAAUGUGUGUUCUUGUCCUGGAAGCUUCAGACUUUGUUCAAGUGACAAGAAGAAAAGUGUGUGUGUGCGUGCGUGCGUGUGAGUGUGUGAGGAUGUGGGGGGAGGUUGCAGGGAUGCAGAGAAACCCGAACCUUGUGAAUGAAUCAGAUGAUGAAGAGCAGCUGUGAGUGUUUCACUUCGAGUCUGUUUAAACUCAAAGCCUGUAAUGGUUUACAUGUGUGUGUGAGUGUGUGCAUGUGUGUGUGUUUAUGUGCGUUUUCCCUCUGGGGCCCAGUUUAUUGGCUGUUAUGACAUCAUCAUUAUCUUCAUCACGUUUCCAGAACGAGGUGAAACAUUCCUCACAUCCUCUGACUCGACUGCUGAAAGGAUGUGCACGAGGUUUACAAGUAAACAACGUUUUCAAGAACAUGGUGUGUUCAAAUACACAAAGUGUUCAUGGGCACCAUGUGAACACAGUGUGCUCAGUGUGAUCCCAGCAGUAGUACCAGAUGCAGAAAUGUCGUAAAACGUGUUAUUUGGGUUUUAUACUGGAUCAUUAAAUGUAUAUCUGGUCCUUCAGAUGUGGAACUAAUUUUUGUCAGAACUCCAGGUUCCAGUUGAAGGACAUCGGCUGAAACAUGUUAGCAUCUCAGCGAGGUGUGUUCAGGGACUUCUUUCUGUUUCUGAUCAAACUGUCUGCCUGUUUGUGUUUACAGAUGCAGAGCCCAAGUACCUUGUGGCCGUCCAGCCGAUCCCUGUCAACGACGUGAAGAAACACUGCACAGGUACACCCUCACUUCCUGUUUAGCUCUUAAGUCUUAUGCUGCGUUCGAGUUACCUCAGGAGUCAGAAGUCCGAGGUGAAAAUGACGUGACAUCUGAGUUCCUAGCGUUUCAGUUUCCAAGUCGGAAAGCUACGAAACUUAUCUUAGCGCUAAAAUAACCUUCGUAGUCGUAGCCAUCUUGUUUUCACUUCCGAUUUUGCUUUUUUCCGACUUGGUAACUGAAAAGCUGAUAACUCGGAUGUGAUGUCUUUUUCAGCUCAGACUUCUGACUUCCGAGGUAACUCAAACACAUUACUCUUUUAACACCUGUGUACUCAGGUAAGGUGAACCUGGAGAAGCCGCUCCACCUGGUGAUCGGCUCAGUUAGCCCGACUGCUGUGCUGCUGUCGUGGGGGAACUACCUGAAGACGCCAUACGAGGGGAACAUCAUGAACGAGUGUCUGGAAGAUGGGUGAGAGCCACGAGAGGGGAGGAGGGUUUAAGAUGACUUAUUGGUCAGAGAGGCACAGGCGCAAUUCUCUAAUCCCUGAACCCUCCAUUUACACACUCUUCGCUGUGAGUGGUCAGCUGUGAAAGAUAUAAAAGUGGGUGGGGCUUCGUUCCCUCUCCUCCACAUCUGUUCCCUUUUGAUUUUUAAUAACCGUGUGUGUCUCUUUCAAGAUAAACUGCCCAAAGUCAGAGCUUCAAUGACUUUAAGCCUGAUUGUUAAAUUCCCAUUUGUCUUCCAACAUGUCUGGAUGUGCCGCACUGAGGCGUUCAGAGACACAGGAAACAUGAUGAAGACCAGGCGAAAAAAAGGGGGAAAGCAGGCGAUCAUUAGUGAGCUCACCUGCGUGUUGGGACAGCUGACGGAUUUAUCAGAAGGACUUCAUACUCUCUCUGUCAUCUUUAAAACGACAGGGCGUCAGGGUCCGCUCAACAUGAAAGCUCUCCAUCUCCUUUCAUGUUUAUUUAUGAUUUCAGGAAGUUUCCAAAGCCUGACCCAACAGCCCUCGACCAAUCAUGAUGAUGGAUGUCUCUGAAACUAAAGCUGUUGUGUUUCAACCAUCCGAGUGUGCAGACUGAGAUUACAACCACAUCCUCUCUCUUCUUCUUUUGUUGCACAAGAGAGAGUUGCUGGUCAGCCCGACACGGUGUCUCAUUAAAGCUAAAAUUAGAUCCCUCUGUGUGGAUCCAGCCUUUCCCAUGAUGAGCAGACAGUGAAUCUGUUUUUGCUGGCUGAGUGAGUGGCUCCUGAUGGGAGACUUUGUUUCCUUACUGAGAUCAGAACUGAAGAUAUUUGGAGAAAAACAGAAAGGACUAAGUGUUCUCGGGUUGUCCAUGCCAUGUGUGAUUAAAAGAAAAUAAUGAGGACCAAUAAUAGAGCCCUGAGGAACACCGUGUGUGAUAACUAACACUGAUGAUGGUGCUUUUCAUGGUAGCACAACAUCCACACCGGACAUCUCUCUGGGUAUUAAACCUUUAACUUCCUCCCUUAAGGUUCUACACCAUCCGCUACAGGGAGAGAAACAGGAAGUGGAUCUAUCAGACCUGCCCUACCAGCGACACAGUUGUUGACAAUCUCAAACCCAACACGCCAUAUGAGUUUGGCGUCCGCUCAAACAAGGACGACCGUAGCAGCAUGUGGAGCAAACCCGUCAUCCAUAACACCAACAUGGGCAGUAAGGAGAUGUUUAUAUUCCACCAGAGAGUUUUUACAGUGUGCCUGACAUCUUUUUCUAAAUUUCUAAACUCUAUUUUUUUGAUUUUUGUAUUUCACAGAUAAAAACCAGCAGAAACCGUUCAAGCUGCGCAACCCUCUGGCCAAGCCUCUGGUGAGUCACCUGUUCACUCAGUAAAAAUAAACUCUGACUCAGUUUCAAAUUAACUCCAAAACAAAGAAAAAUAUCAACAUUGAUUUUAGAGAUUUUCUUUUUUCCAUGAUGGUGGCUCUGCAGCGCUUUGAGCUUUCUGUUUCAAAAUAAAAGCCCCAAAUUUAUGUGCGUCUUUGACCCCGAGGACGAUGGCUCCAUACAUCUCCGUCACGUUCCCACGCUGCACAUGUACUUAAAGUGAAACAUACGUGUCAUGUAACAACAGACAGGGUCUGUUUGAUAUCUAAGGGGUCAAAGGUCACAACAGAGUGUCGGCUACAAUGAGAUCUUGAACACACCUCUGUUUCAGAGACAGUUUUUCACUUUUCACCCGUUCAAUAGAGUAGGGGGUGUCUGCAGAGCCGGAGAGCCAAGCAGAUCCACAACCAUGACAGAUCCACAACCCUCUUUUUAACCACUGUUCAACAUCACUUUUUGUGCUCAGAAAUUUAAUUUAAUAAACAAGUUAAUAAAUAAGUGACUGCAAUCACAUUUUAUUAUUGGAUCAAAAUAAAAAGUCUUUGAACUUUGGGAAGAAAGUUUUCAGUUCUUGGGACUCGGCCCACUUCCUUUCAAGGAUUCAAAAUUUAUUUUAAAAAUAAAUAAGUGCCCACAGUCACAUAUUUAGAUAUGAAUCUAGAUUUUAUUAAUUUUACAAUUUUUUACUUAUUAUCAUCUUUUUAUGUAUUGUCUGCCAACCUAUAAUAUUUCAGGUUUAUUCUACCAAAAUAUUGACUUUUAUUAUCCCAAUAUCACAGGGAUUGUCCUCACUUUUAUACUAUUUAUUCCUUGGCGAUGAUUUUGACCCCCUGAAUGCAAUAGUAUGUGUCUGCAGAGCCGGAUGACUGUGAUAUUUUGUGUGGUUUUACUUCUUCGUGGAACCUUAGAACACUCCCCACACACACACACACACACACACACACACACACAUCAACACUACAGUUAUAGUGUCCUCUGUGAUGACAUGAUGAAUUUCGGUUGUUUUUCAGAAACCUCUGGGCCCCCACGCUCUCUUCCCUCCUCGUCUGGGUGAGUUCAGUGAAUUUUGCGUUUUCUCUCAGUGUUUGUGAACAUGUUUAGACAGUGUCUCCCUGCCUCACGUUUCUGCAGGAAUCUGUAACAGCAGGUAUGUACAGAGCGUGUAAUCCGCCUCCAUCUGUUUCCAUGAUAAUAAAGGAGAGAAUAAAAGCAGUGACAGACGUCAGCACAUGUUCAGGCCGGUCAGAAACUCUUCAGGAGUAAAACUCACAAACAUGACAAACAGAGAGGAGGAUUAUAUAACAGAACAGACUCACCUGAAUGACCCUCAUUCAUUCGUGCAGCUAAAAGUUCACCCUUUCACUGACUGGGUCUAAGUGUAAAUUGGAGAUAACUUGAAUAUACAAGUUUCAAACCUUUCACUGUGUUCAUUAACUCUUCCUCUCUCUCUCUCUCUCUGACACUCGUCUGUUUUUAUCCACCCGUCACAGCUCUGCACAACAGGACCCGUCUCACUCCUCUGCUCAAAAACCCAACUUUCCCCGGAGCUCCUCGCACUUCUUUUGGUGAUUAUCACUUCCUUUUUCCCUCCACGAACACAAACACAUCCCUUCCUGUCACACUUUGUUUCCUCCAAUCAGGUCUGCAGAUUCUCUCUGACCUCAGCGGCGGUUCAGUCAGGUGACACUGAUGGUAAAACACAGAGAUGCUCCAUCAGUGCGAUCACUCUGACCUGACCUCUCCGCUGCUUACAAACACUUCAUUUCUCUCUUUCCUUUCUCUGCUUUUAUUUUGACAGUCACUUCCUCUUAAUGACGCCUAUUAUUCCCCACAGCGCCACCUGAAGCCCAGCAGGAGACUCUCCCUGAGUCCGGCUCUGAGGAGCCUAAAUCUGCUCAUGUUUCACUCGGUAAAAAAACAGACGUUCCUUCAUGUUUUCAAUCAGCAGCUUCACCUGCAGCCUGUUUACCUGCUUCAGCUGAGCCCGUCAUGCACCUGGGGGAGGGGUUAGGUCCAUGCAGCUGUUGUGAUUGGCUGCAUGCUAGCAUGCCUUCAGCCCACUUAGGCAGUCAGUACAAAGUGCGGUUAUGGAAGUCAGGUUUUAUCAUUAAGUCUGGUUUGUGCCGCCCACCCUGAGCGCAGAAACUGCAGACCGCGCUGCUAAAGGUCAUGUGACACCAGCGACGCUUCAAUCAUGCACCUGAAACACCUUCCAAUUUCCUUCUUCUGCUUUUCUUCUUUCACAGAGAUUUUCUGUCUUUUGAAAUGUCCAAAUCAGAACGAUAUUAGCAAAAAGAAAGGUACAACCCUAAUUCUAAAAGACUUCGUAAAAACAAAAUUUGAUGGUUUGCAAAGUAUUUAAAGCCUCUGUACAAACAAGGCAAUCGCUGCGUUUCCAUUACAUUUUUUCGCAAAAUAAAAGCGAUGUUUGUCAAAUUUCGACAAAGUACAAUUGCGAUUUGCGGGUGUUUCCACUGAAUGGUGUUCAGUGCAUAAGCGAGCCGUCUGCAUCUCGCGAGCCGUGUUUGAAUGGCCAUUGCUUAGCAACGAGGUAAACUUCCUGCCCGUGUGACCUCGUAUUCCUUAAGCCUUUUUGCACACCAACAUGGAGGAGAUACAAAACAUUUUGCACUUUGGAUCAGCUAUUUCUGUGACCAUUACUGCUGUUGCCGCUGCUACACUUUUGCGAUAUACUUCUAUAUUGACACGUCUGAAAAACCACCUCAUGAGAGCGUAAAAACUUUUUAGCGAUAUUUGAGAGGUUUUUCAAAAUUUAGGUGUUUCCAUUACCAGUUUUCUAUUGCGAUAUUUAGGUUUUGCGCAAAUCUAUGGGUAAUGGAAACCCAACUAAUGAUGAAAACCAACACUGGAUGGCAGUAAUUUUUAAGCCUUUAAGCAGCACCGUAAUGAAACAACUGAAGUCACAGCAUGGACUCUUCUCUGAACACAGUUUUAAACAUUAGUUAAAUAUAAAUGUAAUCCUUGUGACUUCUCUGGGUAUGGGCAGCUUACACAUCUUGUAAGGCUACAUUAGUGCUAAACAGUAUAUCCAUGUUUUAGAGUAACAUAUGCUGCCAUCCAGACAAUGACUUUGUGUAAUGCAGCAAAAAGAUUUCAUAUUGCAACAACAUGGCUGAGUAGUAGAGUAGCAGUCCUAAACUGUGCCCAACUCGCCUUAAUUAUGGUCCCAGUUUUUUGGAUUCAGGGUUGUACUUUGACAUGUUGAGUCAUUAAACUAAGACCAUCUCUAGACACUUAGUGCAGAUGUUCUUUACAAGAUUCAGCUGAUGCUGCGGCUACUUGAAAGACUAGCAUGUUAGCUGGAUGUUGGUAUAGUCAACCAACUUGACAGUUCUCAUUUGUGCGGUCUUGUCUCUGUCUUCUUCUCUGCCCUCUGUCCUCUUUGUGGCUGCUUCAAGAAGUUGCCAUGUUGGAUCAGUCUGCAUGUCAAGACUGCAUGUCAGUCAGUCAGUCAGUUCAGAAGCAGACGUUGUUGGACUUUCCCGGCAGGGGAAGACAACACAAGUCGUUCUGCAAAAUCCCAAGUCUUCCAGACUUUCUGUAUUUCCAUGAGGUACCAGAUGAUGGACCAAAGCCUGAUCAUCGUCUGAUUGUUGUCUUUCAUGGCUGCAGCUGUUAGAGCUGCCAAAACAUAUCAAAAAGAAGUCUAGAGAUGAAAAUACAGAAAAUCUGAACCCAAUCAGCCUGAUACUGAAAUCAGACCUGAUGAUCAGACUCCCAUGAUCACGGUACCUCUCUGCUCUCUCACCUCAGACACAGGAAACACUUUUAGUAAAGGCUCCAAGACAUCAGUGGAUCAUCUUCCUGCCCUCCCCACACUCCCGCCCACCAAAGCCCCUCCUGCCGACACCACAGUCUCCCCCCUCCCUAGACUAACCUCCAGGGCCGACUCACAUCAGGGCCAGACUACUAAGGCACCUACUAAUGUCCCUGAGAAGACCCAUAACCCUGCUGGUAAUUUACACCUUCAGAUUUCCCUUUUCAUUUCAUUUUCCUGGUUUCAUGGCCAUGUUUGAGAAAUACAACAACUGUUUGACUCUGAAGUUACGCCCUCUGAUAGUCAAGUGUGAUUUCCAUUAAAAAAAAGGAGUGUCAUCUGCAAAGAAGGACAUGAUCGUCCAUUAAAACCUUUUUUCUUCAAGUAGGACCAUUAUAACAUUAACAUUUUGACCACUAUGGCUCCUAAAAGAAUGAAGCCUCCUUCUAAAGGUUUUAUUUGGAAAAAUCCUUCCAAAAUUCUGCUGUGUGGCAGCUGAUAUUUGUACCUCAUGUUCUAGUGGGGAAAAAUACUCAAGGCGUACUCUGUUUCUUUUAGUUUGAGAUUACAGAUCAUAGGUAGGUGGCUGCUCAAGCUGUUUGGAAAUGACAGUAUCAUCUGCAAACAGUCGUACGCUUAAGGCAAAGAUGCUGUUUUUUCUGUAAUGUUUUGUCUUUAAAUGGGUCAUUUAUAUUUUUAAGUUGUGUUGUAUUAAGCACUUCUAUAGUAUGUGUAUUACUCAGUUUCUGACAGUGAGGUAGAGCACAGAAAAAUAGACUGUAUACUUUAGUUUAGUGCUUUAGUUGGAGUGACCCUGUGUGCAACUGUGAUUGCCCAGCUUCCGUUUGUCAUCCAUUUAUUCUACCAAGUAGCAAAGCUGACAUAAAUCCCAUGUUGCUAGUUCCCCUAAUGUAACAAAUACCUUUUAAGAUCCAACAUAGAAAAUAAUCUUUUCAAGAGAGUUUGUUAGUCAUCAGGAUUUUUAGGACAGAGGCAAAUGACAGCUCCUCCGUAAAAAACAGGGUGUCAUCAGCAAACAGCUUUAUUGAAAUUUCAGACAUCAACACUAAUUUUUCAUCUAAAUUUCUUUUUUUUUUUUGUUCAUCAGAGAUAAAAAUGUAUCUAUUUGUUGGGCAGAUUUGUGUGAUAAUGUUGUGUCGUCUGCAAACAGUGGUAAACUCUUCCAUCCACCCUCACGUCAAACUUUCUCAACACUCACUCUUUCGUAAUGAACGCGGUUUAUUUGUCUUGUUGGUUUUAAUUUUUACAGCCUGAGGAACUUCUCGCGUCAGCACGUUAUUUUAAACCUUCUUUUUCCCACACAGCUAUCGGCCAAUCACAGGAUGAGUCAUCACUGCUGAGAGCUGUUCUGGCCAAUGAGAGAGCCAGAACUAACCACUGGGGUAACGAUAACCUCAUGAAACGCUUCUUUGUGUUGCAAUCAGAGGCAGUUUUGCUUUUUUUGUCCGUCUCUGCUGUCCGUGUGCGCCGUCUUUGUCCCACCAGCUUCCAGAUAAAUGUGCACUGAAGUUUUUGUCCACAGGAAUGCUGCUCGCUGUGGGAGCUGCACCAUUUAGACACAUUUCAUCCAACUAGGCCUCCAGUGUCUGCAUGCAGCUCACAAUCUGACAGUCAUGGUUGUCCCAUCAGACUCAGUAACAGUUUUAAUGACUGUGGUUUUUUUGAAAGAUUGUGACUUGUCAUGAUCCCAUCAAAGUGUGUGUUCAUACAAUACAGUGGAUUAAACGGUCCAUCAGAGUAAAGUCAUCCAUCACUAACAUCACUGCUCAGGGCUGCUGCAAGCUCGCUUCGCUCAAAACCAACACAGCCAAGUUCAGACUGUAACACGGGCAACUGUUUCUGAUUUUUUAGGUCAAGACAACAAAAGAAAUCUCUCUCCACCUCUGACUUAUCAACCCUACAACCCGGCAGCUACCACGCUUGUCAGAUCCAUGAGGCCUGCUUCCAGAAACCCCCUGUUCCCCCUCUCUAAUGGUCUCAGACAGCCCUACUCUCCCUCUAGACCCAGUAACUCCUCCCCGACCUCUGCGAUACUCGGGGGUAAUCCUCCUUGCUCCUUUGUUUCUUCUCUCUCUUUUUUAUAUUUCAGUUCACUCCCUGAGAAAAGAUCGUCUUUAACUGUUCCCAAAAUUAGUCACUUAAACCCAUAACACAUUUAUAUAUUUACACAAUGAACCCGAGAUAGACUUUUUCAGAGAUAAACCAACUGGACAAAGACGCAACAUUGAAUUUAAAAUACCCUUAGCUUCAUUUCAAACUUUUCACUGGAGUAAGAAAUCAAAGUCCCAUUGCGUCUCACUCUAAAAAUGUUCAAGUCCAAAUUUUUUGUCAUAAUUCAACACUUAAUGUGGACUGUUCUCAGCAUUUUUAAGAUAAAUGUUAGUUUAGAUUUUUACAUUUAACAAUAUAUAAGAAAUUUACAAGACUUCAAUGUAAGUCAAAAUAUCAUCUGCAUACAAUCGCACUGUAACUGGUUUUAAUUUAAAAUUUGAAAAAAGAUUAAUUCCUUAUUUUCUUGUCACACACCAACAUUUUCAAUCUGUUUUUUCUUUCAAAACUGAUCCAGAUAUGGACUUCUGUCUAGUUAAAUAAGAGCGUUGUCAUAAAAAUUCGAGCCCAGAACCUUAAAACUUGAUUCGCCUUCAGUUUCUUUGUCCAUCGUUUAUUACUAGCUAUAUAAGUCAGAAAUGUCAGGUAUGAAUGGACUCACAGGUCAGUGGAGGUGAAGAUGUCUUAGCUGUGCAGCGCUGGUUUUGACUCUCAGGUAGAGCUCUGAUUGGUCCCUCUUUGACUGAUCGGUGCAAAUGAAAUGGUUUGUUCUUCAAGCCACUGGGUCCUGGUCUUGAACUUGAUCAUUGUUUUAACAUUUUUUGAUUUCAAAGGAAAAAUAACCCCGUCAGGAUGAAUCUUUCUCUGAGCUGUGGCUAACGUCUGCCACAGUUCGACUGUUUUUUACUCUUUAGCUUUCACAGGCUCUUUGUGUUUGUUUACUUUGACCUGCUAAAUGAACCUCUUAUCUGAACAACCACACACGUCCAUUUUCAGCCUCUAAAGAUCGCUCUCGGAAAACUUGAAAAAGAAACAGAUAUUCACACUUCAUAGAUGUGGAUGGAAACAGUUUUUUUCCCCUCAAUAACCUGGGCCCUUAAAUGCUAAAGUUGUAAAAACUAAUCACAAAAUUCAAUGGCAGCUCCAAAGCUUUUCAUCGCACGUCAACUUGCACUUUUGCCCAGCUUUCUGUCGGUGUUUACGAUUUAGUUUCUGUGCUGCUACUCCAUAAAAAAAAUGAUGAAGAUGGUAAAAAAUGUUCCAACACUUUCAGCCGAACGUGUUUUUUUCUUCAGAGCUCCAAACUGCUCCAUCAGGACGUGUUGGUUGUUCUGGUGUGGGGUUCAGUUUUCAGUUGGUUUCUUUCUCUCCGUAACACUCACUUUUCUCCCUGCAGUUAACGGACAGCCCCACCGGGGGGGCCUUUCCCCACCCAGACCAGCCUUAUGGUCCAGACCUCGACUGGGUAAAAGACCUCCUUGUUUCUCUGUGUCUCGUCAUUAACCCUUCACUCGCUUUGCAGCAUUUUCACCUGCAGCACAUGUUGGUGUUUUUGUCUCCAUCCACUGUGUUUAUUAAUACUUUCAUGUUCAUCCAUCCACCCAUUCAUCCAUCCAUCCAUCCAUCCAUCCAUUCAUCCAUGGGUCUGUCUGUUUGUCUGUGUUGCCUUUUGUCCAAACUGUUUGUUGUGUCAUCUUGAGCUUGUGCAGGUUUUCAGCUUCUGGCAGAGCUUCUCCAAAUAAUCAAGGAUCACAGCUCGAUUAUUUGAACGGCUUACAUAAGUCCAGAAACCGCCACAGAUGAUGUCACUCUGUGCUCCAUGUGCUGGGGGUGUGUGGGUGCUUGGGGGGGGUUGGGUGUAUGUUUGAAUGUCUGGGUUUGGGCUGUGGUCGGGGUUUCCAGUUGUUCUUCCAGAGGCAGAGUGUUUUUGAUUUCUUUGAUUGUUCGAGCAGAUCGUUGCUGUUACGCAACAUUCAGAGGAAAAGUCUGCUUCACUUUCAUUUUUCUCUUUUUUGCUUAUUCAGUCAAAAAAAUAACAAACUUAACCCUCACUCACUACAGCUUUAUGAUCCAGACACUCCAUCUCUGCAAAUUCGAAUGGAAAUUUGUGGAUAAACACCGUUAACUCCAUUAGGUGUUCAUGUUUUCCUUGACAUGUGUUCAGCCAAAGUGCAGAGGUUACGAGGAAUGUUGCACAUGUGCCGGUCCGUGCACCUGUCCUGAGUUAUUAGGAGUUUGUAACAUCAGUUUUUCAGGAGCAGUUACUCCAAGUUGUCCUGUCAGGAGCAAACGUGACUUUGAAACAGGAGACACUUGGACAAGCAAUAGUUUGGCUUCACAUCUAAAAGAAAAGAUUUAAGAUGUGAAACAGGGGACGUGUGGUCUGCCAUGUGCAACAGACUCGUUUAAAAUGUGAAACAGAGGACGGUUUGUGCUAGCAUCUCAGUGAACCUGGACUCAAAGAGAAGGAGCUCUGUCUUAAACACAGUGCCUCUCCUGCCGCAGUGAACAAUUCCCUACUGGAGGAGAAGAAGCCCGAGAUUCCCGCCGGAUUCGGUCGUUCCAGUCCCACCGUAGAGGAGCGGUUUCAUGGUUGGUAAAGUUUUGCUCCACGCUUGCUGAUGCCGUGUGCUCACUGGCGCUUCAGUCACUCUGCUCUGCCAGGUCUGCAUGGUUCGGUCCAGAGAAGCUGUAAAAAUUCAACUCUGGAUGUCAGCUUGAGAUCUCCGGAUCCUCCUCUGAUCAUGAGCUGACUCUGCAGAGCUUUGCACCUGCUACAGUCGAAUUUGGAGAACCAGUUCGAUAAGACAUGAACCUCCUCAGUGCUUGAGGUUCCUGUGCUUCGGCCUCUGCUUCCUGCUUGACUGCGAGCGUCUUUGGCGUGAUGAGCUUCAGACAUGUUGCUGCACAGAUGCUGAGUUUAGAAAAGCCCACACGCUACCAGGACAGCAUGGCGUGCAUCGAGCGCUCUUCAUCAGAACGAGGAAACCGCUGUUUGCUUUUUAUUGACGGAUUGUUUCUGUGCGAACAGAGAGAAUCAGACCAAUAUUUAUUUCUCUGAGUCUCAUACUGUAAUCAUAGAGCUGCUGAACGUGGGCUCUGACUCCAGUUUCCACGACGAGUUUCCAGUCGACAGCACCUCUGUGUUUGUUGACAGACUCCUCGCUGUCUAAGAAUAAAGACCCUCAGAGAGCGGGAGAUAAUAUCCUCAGAAUAACAUCCAGCAGAGCUCUGCAGGCAGCCUGAUACAUAUUUACAUGGAGCUGAUUGAAAGGAAUGAGUCUGUUUCAUGUUAGGAGCUAAAGACUUUCAGGACUCUAUCAUCUGUCACCGUAACCGCUCCGCAUUUAUUCCAUUUAGUGCUGGAAGAGGCUCAGCUCCUUGAUUGUGAAGAAUUUUGGCUUCUCCUUAAACGAAGGGGCGGGAGGUAAUUGGCUGCAGGUUUUAGACUCGGGUCUUUGGUGGAUUCAAGAGAAACAAAGACAAGUUACACGGGAUUGUUCAUGUUUUCAGGUUCACUGGCUGUUUGAAACGAGUAUCAGGUUCAACAAUGAGGAGAGAGAGACAGAGGAAAGAAUCACCUGGAGAUGUUCUCACCGUUCGAGGUUUUUAAAAGUUUUUCUUCUGUUUCAGGAUCUCUCCCUCGUCCGUCCAUCCCCCUCAACAAGAGACCCAACCUUGUGGGGAAACCCGGGGAGACAGGUGAGAUUGACCUGUCCUCACAAACGGAUCACUGUAUGUCCUGCACUUUAAUAUGCUGAAUAAGUUUUUAUUGUCUGCAUAUUCUCCAUCAGACAAAGUCAAUAACUUGAAGCAGACGGACAAGUUGCCCAUCCUGAAACCAAAACUACCUCCAGCAACUGCCAAGCCCACCAAACAGGAACGCAAACAGACGAGCACUGUCGCUCCAACCACCCUUGGUACGUUCCUCUGUAGAGGUUCCCAAUCAAGGUGUCAGUCAGAUGAUAACGUAAUUAAUCUGGUGUCAUUCUUAACAACCGGUUACUCAGUACUUGAUUGUGAACAUCCCUCAUCUUACCCACUGAUGGUGUGGUCAUCUCUCUUUUCUAUUCCAGCUCCUCGACAGGAGACCUGGGAGGACUCUGAACUCUUCAAGGCACAGCCGGCCUCUGACCUUGACGCCCUGGGGAAGAAACGUUACGUUGGUGAGUGAACACAUUCAACCGCCUCAUCAUGGCGUCAGAAGCUUUAACGACGGCUGAUCAACCCUUCGUCUCCACCCACAGCGCCUCACGUCGUCUAUCAGACGGGGAAGAAACCCGACGAGCCGUGCUCCAUCACCUCCUCCCUGAACUACUUCCCGGAGGAUGAGCGCAGUGAGACGAACGUGACGGCUCCGCCCAAGAGUCCGCCUUCCAACCUCACUGUGGUGACAGUGGAGGGAUGCCCAUCCUUCAUCAUCCUGGACUGGGAGAAACCGGACAACGAUACCACAGGUAGGAGCACAGACAGCAAAGGAGAUGAUGGUGGAGAUCCUAUCAGGGACACUGUGCCGGAGUCCUCAGAUUUAUUAAUUCAGGCUUUGCUGUCCUCUCCUCAGAGUAUGAAGUCAUCUCCACAACAAAAGGACCUGACGGAGAGCAGGUUUCCAUCCUGACCACCAACCAGACCCACACGGCGGUGGAAAACCUCAAACCCGAGAGCAGGUACAGUGAAUCCAUUGUUUCAUUAGCUUCAGUUUCUCCUGAAGGAGAAACACAAUAAAUCAACAAGAACUUUGGAUGGUUUAGAGCGAGGAGGGAAGACAGGUUCAUCCACCAUGACAGAGCAGAGCUGUGUCGAAUUCCUGACGAAUUCAAAGCCAAAAAAGCUCACUCCGUCACACCUUAGUGGACACAUGACAUCACCGUCAGAUCACCUGCUCACAGGUCGUCUGCUGCAAACCUUCCUGAACUCUUCCGAUCUAACAAAGCCUCAUCUGUUCACCGCUCCGACGGCUCUCCAGCCGGGCUGCGCUCAGCUGUCCAAACACCACAAGGCAGCCAAGCGAUCACAGAGUGACGGCGCAGCAUGGCAGCCAGACAUCCAGAGAGUAAAAUAAGCAGUGUGUCCGUCACGCUCACUGAGGUCUUAAUGAGGCUGGAUACGAGAAAACUAUUUGGUGUGGAGGAAGCUAACUGGAGUUUAGAUCUGGAUCAUGCUGAUGGAUUCAAACUUGUUAAAUGCUGUUGACUAUGAGUCUUUAACCGUCUAAAGCUAAAAGACAGCAGAAGUAAAGUUUGAUUCCCUGAAGAAGAAAACUAUUAGAGAUGAAAUCUGUGUAGACUUCCAACUCUACUCUGUUUUACAAACAUUAAGUAGAGUCUUUGCUGCUGCUCUCCCUGCCUUGGCUUUUUUUUUGUAAAAUGAAGAAGAAAAGAGGAGAACCCCACCCAUCUCAGGCUUGGCAUUCCACACAUGGACUCUGAAUAACCCCUUUCUCUUUGUGUUUUGGUAGUUACGAGUUCAAGGUGAAGCCAAAGAACGAGCUCGGGGUGGGUCCUCUCAGUGAGCCUGUGUCCUUCAACACAGAGUCAGGUACCGUCAGCUCUUGGAUAACCGUGUUUCAGCCCUGUUUGUGAUCUUUGAGAUGUUCAAACUCUCUUUGUUUGUUCUUUCAGCCGAUCCACGAGUGAGCGAGAAUGUUUCAGGUAAGAACAGCGCACUGUCGUCAGCAUACAGACGUGUUUUUUUUAUGGGCAGUGGAUUGAAAACAUCCUUUCUUUGCAGGGAAAGACGCCAUCUGGACACAGUUUCCCUUCAAGACAGACUCGUACUCGGACUGUCACGGCAAACAGUACGUGAAGAGGACUUGGUAUCGCAAGUUUGUGGGCGUCCAGCUUUGCAACUCACUCAGGUACAAGAUCUACCUGAGUGACUCGCUCAACGGUGAGUACCUGGAGACAUACCAUCAGUUUUCUUUUCAUUAAACCGUAGACUGUAUAUAGAACGGACACCGUCUGCCUCCUCGCUGGUUGACACCACUCCGAGAACAGCACACCCUGGUGACGGGCUGCAGUAUAUGUUGGCUACAGCUCUGUUUUUGAAAGUUAUUAGGGGGUUCGAGUUUUCUAUGAUUGACACUUGAUACAACCUGUAGGCGUACAAAGAUUGCGUAGCUCACCCGGGGGAUACGCUGGAGAAAAAAUGCGGGAUUAUCGAGAGCUUUUCGGCUUCAAAUCCGUAUACUGGCAGAAGGCGGAACCAAGUUGUCCUUACUAUAUACAGUCUAUGCAUUAAACCCAGUGGGUGGCCCCCUGUUGGUCAAUAAAGGGAAGGCAGUCUGUGGCGCAGAUGCAGGACUGGAAUUUUAAGUGAAAGUUGAUCUGAUGGUCUCGUUGUCGUCAUGCAGGUAAAUUCCACAACAUCGGAGAUCAGACCGGUUUUGGCGAGGACCACUGUCAGUUUGUGGAUUCGUUCCUUGAUGGAAGGACAGGCAGGCAGCUCCAAUCCGACCAGCUACCGUCCAGACCAGGUAAACACUUCAGACCCCGACAGAUGUUUCCAUUUAAUAAUAAUACAUUUUAUUUAUAAAGCACUUUUUAUCACAAACAAAGAUACUGUAAAAUGCAAAAAAACAAUACAGACACUUAGAAGAAGUUAGAGUGGACAAAAAAACAUAACCACAGGUGAAAGACCUCUCUAAACAGGUGACCUCACUCACUCCUUGUCCUCUCGACUGCAGGUUUUUACCGCGCAGUGCGUCAGGAACCCGUCCACUUCGGACAGAUCGGAGGCCACUCCCACGUCAACUACGUGUCAUGGUACGAGUGCGGGACACCCAUCCCUGGGAAGUGGUGAGAGGACUGGUGGUUCUCUGAAUACCCAGAUGAGGACGUGUCGGGGGGCUGGGGGGGAGACACCAGCCUGGAGCCCCCCCCUUCCCUUCCUCGCUCCCCCAGUGCUGUACAAACAUGUAAAGGACAAUCCAGUCAGGGACUUAGCAACGAGAAAUAUGUAAACACGCCUCAUCUUUCCUAUUUAUGGAUGAACCCGUUCAGACAGGUAGAGGAGGAGGAGACGUGGAGGUGUGUUACCCUCUGCGGUGUGGGGGGGUAGCUCACCAACCACUCUUAUUUUUGUAUUUUGUGCUCAUCAUGGGAAGCUGGCUCCCUGAAAACUAUUUUCAUAAAGUGUGAGAUGUUAUUUAUCAAAAGGUCUGAUCACAUUUCUUCAUGAGCAGUCAGAGGAUUUUGUUCUGCUGUUUCUCUGCUGGACACUUCAUGUCACAGGCUCACUCCUGUCCUAAAAAAUAAAGAUUAAAAACCACCGAGGAGCCGAUCGUCCGCCUCCCGCUGGUUUGGUCUGACCUUGAGGCCAGUGAAUUUGAGCUGUUUGAGAUAAACUUGCUGGAUUUUCCGUUUUUCUGCCUCAUGCAUGUCGGCGCUCUGAGUAUUUUAGUCUGCAGAGCCUGAAAAUAAAGUAAUUUAAACGUUGUAAUGAUAUGUACAUGUACGUGUGUAUUUACAGUUAUAUUCUGCUGGUCCUCUGACAGAAAUGAUGCUCAGUGUUUUAAAUAACUCGGACAGUUUAGGAACAUUUGAACCAAAGCUGAGAGGCUUCUUCACUUGCAGUUUGCACAACAGAAAAAUGUUUUAUAUGUAUAUGGAGAAAAUGUGUGUUAAUACAUGUUUGCAGAUGCACUUCCAUCAACAUUUCUAUUUUUUUAGAUGGCUUCCGUAAGCGCUCUUCAUCCUCUGUCUCUUUCAUCAUCCCAAAGAAAGGUCGCUGUGGCUAGCUGUUAGCGUUGGCUACAUAUGUCCGUUAUACGGCGACCAAUGUCCUCGCUAACUGUUUACAUAGCUAACAAGCUAACAAGCCCAGACGUAUUAAGGUGCUGUCCAUAGAGAGAUGAUAGACUCUCUUCUCUUCAAGCUAACAUGCUAACCUAUCAUUGUCUGUAGCGGUCAUUUUCCAAACUCCGCCCCUUGUCAUAAAACAGUGUACUGUCCCUUUAACUGUCUGACUGUUUGAUCAAUCAGAGUGCUUUGUACAUAAACUGAGACUGUAUGUUAACAUGAGGCUGUUCAUGAUUUUAUACCGUAUGUUUGUUUCUGUAUUUGAUUUUCAAUAAUAAAGAAAAUAUGAUUCUUUUUUUUUAAAA